GUUUGUAUGUUUUCAAUAGAUCGAUAAAAUACAGACGAUAAGAAACAAGGAAGUACUUUGUUUAAUAUCGUAAGAUAAAAAGCGCAACAUGGACUUUAACGUUAAAAAAAUUGUAAAAGAUGCUGGAGCUGCUUUAAGCAGAGCAAUACAGAUGACCGAGGAAAAGUUAGGCACAUCUGAAAAAACAGAAUUGGAUGCCCAUUUCGAAAAUCUUUGGAACAGAGCAGAGGGUACAAAGAACUUUACCGAAAAACUUGUAAAAAAUACUGAAGCUGUUUUGAUCCCAAAUCCUGGAAAUAGAGUUGAAGAUUACAUCUAUGAGAAAAUCGAAAAGCAACGACCUUCACGAUUAAGCAACUUGGAAUAUUUAGGAGUGGAUAUGGUAGAGGCAGGUAAUGCUUUGGGGCCUGGUACAGCCUAUGGGAGUUCCUUAAUCAAAGUAGGCCAGUGGGAACAAAAGCUAGGCCAAACCGAAAGAGACUUUAUUGGAUCAGCUGGGAUGUGUUUCACCCAACCUUUAAGGAAGUUUUUAGAAACAGAGAUGAAAACUAUUAUUAAAGAAAAGAAUUUACUUGAAGUCAAAAGAUUGGACUUGGAUGCUUGUAAGAACAGGGUUAGAAAAGCAAGGAGUAUGUUAGGACAGCCAACGGCCGAAAGAGAGUUAAGAAUUGCUCAAUCAGAAUUUGAUAGACAAGCCGAAAUUACCAAACUUCUUUUAGAAGGAGUGAGUAGUUCUCAUGCAGCCCAUUUAAGAUAUUUGUACGAGUUUGUAGAUACCCAGGCUAGAUUCUACUCACAGUGUACAACGAUUAUGACUGAUUUACAAAGAGAACUUGCAAGUUUAUCCAGUAGUCUUCCCGUAAGUCCUACUCAAAAUAACACACCCACAGAAGAAGACAUGAUGAGAGCUAAAACUCUAUAUGAUUAUGAAGCUAAAGAUAGUACGGAGUUGAAUUUAAAAGCAAAUGAGGUGAUACAAGUGAGAGACAUACAGAAUCCAGAUUACUACAUGGGUAGAAAUAACAAGAACAACCAAGGACUGGUACCAAAAGCAUAUUUGGAAGUACUCACUUAGUGAACUUAUUUUUACAUCUCUGCUUUUAAAGUCUUUAAUGAUAUUUUACAUAAUCAUAUGCUUCUCUCGUCGUGUCGUAUGUAUGUUACUAUUUUUAGAAACUACAAUGCAGAUAUGGAUUAAAAAUUUUAGUUAUUAGGAUAAGUGAAGCGCAAGAAAAUGUUUAUAAAAUACAUUUUCGAUUUUUAUAUGUUGUGAGUGCAAAUAUAACGAGAAUAUGCACUUUUUAAAAUAACAAUCAAUAUAGGUAUUUUUUGUUUUGAAAAAUUUCGC